CCGCCCCGCGAAGCGACCCGCCCGCCAGCGGAGACCUAGUGCGGUGGCCAAGGCGCGGACAGACUGGCGGACACACGGACCGGGGGACUGGCCGCAGCGAGGACGCAGUUGCCGCGAGCAGGUGUGGGCCAGGCAUCGGGCCCCAGACUCGGCCACACUGAGUUCUGCCCUCCCGGCUGCGGGCCGCCACCAAGGACGCCAUGAGCCAGUCAGGAGCCAUGAGCUGCUGCCCUGGUGCUGCCAACGGCAGCCUGGGCCGGUCCGAUGGUGCUGCUAAGAUGAGCGCGAAGGAUCUGUUUGAGCAGAGGAAGAAGUACUCCAACUCCAAUGUCAUCAUGCACGAGACCUCCCAGUACCAUGUCCAGCACUUGGCCACAUUCAUCAUGGACAAGAGUGAGGCCAUCACAUCUGUGGACGACGCCAUCCGGAAGCUGGUGCAGCUCAGUGCCAAGGAGAAGGUCUGGGCACAGGAGGUGCUGCUGCAGGUGGACGACAAGGCCCUGCGGCUGCUGGACGUGGAGAACCAGGAAGAGCUGGAGAACUUCCCGCUGCCCACCGUGCUGCGCAGCCAGACGGUACUGAACCAGCUGCGCUACCCCUCGGUGCUGCUGCUGGUGUGCCAGGACUCGGAGCAGAGCAAGCCCGACGUGCACUUCUUCCACUGCGACGAGGUGGAGGCGGAGCUGGUGCAGGAGGACAUCCAGAGCGCGCUGGCCGACUACCGGAUGGGGAAGAAGUUGCGGCCACAGACCCUGAAGGGGCACCAGGAGAAGAUCCGGCAGCGGCAGUCCAUCCUGCCGCCUCCCCAGAGUCCAGCUCCCAUCCCCUUUCAGCGCCAGGCUGGGGACUCUCCUCAGGCCAAGAACCGCGUGGGCCUGCCAGCACCCUUCACAGAGCCAGGCUACCGCCGCCGGGAAUCGCAGGAUGAGGAGCCUCGGGCGGUGCUGGCUCAGAGGAUAGAGAAGGAGACGCAAAUCCUCAACUGCGCCCUGGACGACAUCGAGUGGUUCGUGGCCCGGCUACAGAAGGCGGCCGAGGCCUUCAAGCAGCUGAACCAGCGGAAGAAAGGGAAGAAGAAGGGCAAGAAGGGGCCGGCAGAGGGCGUCCUCACGCUGCGUGCCCGGCCCCCCUCUGAGGGUGAGUUUGUCGACUGUUUCCAGAAAACCAAGCUGGCCAUCAAUCUGCUGGCCAAGCUGCAGAAGCACAUCCAGAACCCCAGUGCGGCGGAGCUGGUGCACUUCCUCUUCGGGCCUCUGGACCUGAUCGUCAACACCUGCGGAGGCCCAGACAUGGCCCGCUCCGUCUUCAGCCCGCUGCUCUCCCAGGAGGCUGUGGCCUUCCUACGUGGCCACCUGGUACCCAAGGAGAUGUCACUGUGGGAGUCCCUGGGGGACACCUGGACCCGGCCCCGGUAUGGACAGGGUGAGGGGCAGGGCCCGGACCAGGAUGGGGUCCUGGGUGGGCCAGCUCCAGGAGGAGUCUUGGCUGACCCCGGCACUGCCCACCCCAGCUCUGAGUGGCCGAAGGAGCCACAGGUGCCCCUGUACGUGCCCAAGUUCCACAGUGGCUGGGAACCGCCUCUGGAGGUGCUGCAGGAGGCUCCCUGGGAGAUGGAAGGACUGGCCUCGGACCCCGAUGACCAGCCCACCCCUGUGAGCCGACUCUCCAUAAGAAACUCCCCGAAACACAGUCUCUCCUCUGAGUCCACACCCCAGGGGGAUGUCUUACCACCAGUCGGCUCCCCACACUCUCACAGGGGCCACCAGCCAACACCAGCCCCGGCCAAGUAUGUGAAGAUUCUCUACGACUUCACAGCCCGCAAUGCCAACGAGCUGUCGGUGCUCAAGGAUGAGGUCCUAGAGGUCCUGGAGGAUGGCCGGCAGUGGUGGAAGCUUCGCAGCCGAAGUGGCCAGUCUGGCUAUGUGCCCUGCAACAUCCUGGAUGAAGUUCGGCCAGAGGACAUUGGUGCCCCCCUGGAGCAGGCCAGCCAGAAAUACUGGGGUCCCGCCAGCCCGAUGCAUAAACUGCCCCCUAUCUUCGCAGGGAACAAAGAUGAGCUGAUCCACCACAUGGAUGAAGUCAACGAUGAGCUCAUGAAGAAAAUUAGCCACAUCAAGGGGCAGCCGCAGAGGCACUUCCGCGUGGAGCGCACCCAGCCGGUGCACCUGCCACUCACCUUUGAGUCCGGCCCGGAUGAAGUCCGGGCCUGGCUAGAAGCCAAGGCCUUCAGCGGCCGGAUCGUGGAGAACCUGGGUAUCCUGACUGGACCCCAGCUCUUCUCCCUCAACAAAGAUGAGCUGAAGAGGGUGUGCGGGGAGGAGGGCAUCCGCGUGUACAGCCAACUCACAGUGCAGAAGGCGAUGCUGGAGAAGCAGCAAAGUGGGUCGGAAUUGGAGGAACUCAUGAACAAGUUUCAUUCCAAGAACCAGAGGAGGGCGGAGGACAGCUAGACCUGGCUGGACUGUUGCCACCCUUGCUGCAGAGGGAGGCAGCACGGUGGUGGGCCCACUCCCAGUGCACGGAGUAUUAUUUUAUAUGUGUAUUAUUUUAUACUGAGGACUCACAUGGGCUGGAUGGGGUGCUCAUCUGCCUCUAGGCGGUUGGCUUAUCCUCAGGCUGAGCCAUGCCAUGGAUGGCCUCUCAGCUGCAAGCCACUCACCCACCCAAACCAAGGCCUCUCCCAGCCAAACCUGCCACCUGGCAGUGCCAGCCUCCAUCCAUCAGCCCUAGGCCACAGGACUCCCCAGGUGGGCAGGGCCUCUCUGGCCUCCCUGUGCUGAUGUUGGCUCCUGGCCUCUGGAGUUUGACACUCACCACCUGCUGCUUGAUUUCAUAUGCACCUGCUCCCAGCUGUUCCCACCUGUCUCAGGUGGGCCAGAGCUCCAGGCUGGUUAGGCUGGUGACCUGGACUCCAGGUUUGUCCCCCGCAGGAUG